CCCGGCGAGCGGAAAGCCCCGCCUGGGGAGGAGCCAGCCGGGCUCGUUCCGCCGGGCGGGACCACCUCAGCAGACGGCGGCACAACCAAGCCCCCCACUCCAUGACAGCACCGCUUCCCCUCCGAGCUCCUGCUUUAUAUAGCCUCUGCUCCGCGCUGAUUGGCUGCCGCGCCUGUCAGUCAGGCUGGGAAUUUCCCGGGGGCGGUUCCCACCGUCCCUCCGCUGUCCCCCCGCUUCCUCCGCGCUGGCACCGGAGCGACACCGGGAGCGGUACCGGAGCGGGCCCGCCUCGGGGCGCACAGGCGGGGAUGCCCGGCUCGGAGGUAGGUGACUGAAUGGCGGGCAUGGAAGGGAGAGGACCCUACCGCAUCUACGACCCUGGCGGGGGCUCGGAGGACCAUGGAGCCGCAGCCUUUGAGCGGCUGGUGGAGGAGAACACCCGGCUGAAGGAGAAGAUGCAGGGGAUCAAGUCUAUCGGAGAGCUGCUGGAGGAGUCCCAGAUGGAGGCAUCCAAGCUGAGGCAGAAGGCAGAGGACCUCGUGAAGGACAACAAAAUGCUGAUAGCAUCAUCUUCCUUGGAGGAGCUGGUGGAAACUGGAGCCAUCGGCCCUGAUCCCAGCUCCACACAGGCUGUCCCAGGCAGUGCCCAGCCAGAUGUGGAAGCACGGAAAUCUUCCCCAAAUGGAUCCUCUUCAGACUUCGAGAUCGUCCCUGUGGAAGCACAGGGGUUUCCCCAGGAGAGCAGGAGAGCGGACUUGGAGCAGGCACCGAAUGAGGAUGCCAACCUGCUGCCCCAGCUGCAGCAGCUGGAGAGCACGCUGAGCGGCUGUGCCAAGGAGGCCAGCAAGGACCAGGUCUUCAUGCGCAUGGGCUACAUGGCCUCUGAGCUCAAGCGCCUGGCCUCCAAGGUGCACAAGAACGAGCAGAGAACAUCCUUCCUGCAGACGCUGUGUGAGACGCUGCACAGUGAGAACAAGGAGCUGCGAACCAAGCUGGAGCGGGACCUGGAGCAGAGAAACCAGGCGCUGGAGAAGCUGAGGUGUGAGAACCAGGAGCUCCGGAGGAUGGUGACACUGGGCAACCAGGAUGGUGGGAAGAGGGAAGCUGCGGAGCAGCAGCAGCUGCUGGAGGUGAACAAGCAAUGGGAUCAGCACUUCCGAGCCAUGAAGCAGAAGUACGAGCAGAAGGUCACGGACCUGCACCAGGAGCUGGCCGAGGCCCGCAGGGCACUGGCUGAGCUGGAAUCGGAGCAGGAGCAAAAGCAACGGGAUUUUGACCGCAAGCUGCUGCUGGCCAAGUCCCGGAUCGAAACGGAGGAGGCAGAGAAGGAGAGGCUGUCCAUGGAGGUGAGGGACCUGCAGCAGAGGAUGCGGUUCCUGCAGGAGCAGCUGGCUCCGGUCACCCGGCAGCGGGAAUACCAGGAAAAGGAGAUCCAGAGGCUGAAUAAGGCGCUAGAGGAGGCCCUGAAUGUCCAGGCCUCUCCACCACCCAUCUUUGCCAGUGCCAUGGAGACAGCAGGGAAGGUGCCAUCGCAGGAGCUGCUGACCCAGAACGAGCUGCUCAAGCAGCAGGUGAAAAUCUUCGAGGAGGACUUCCAGCGGGAGCGGAGUGACAGGGAGAGGAUGAACGAGGAGAAGGAAGAGCUGAAGCAGCAGCUGGAAAAGCUGCAGAAGCAGUUGGUCCUCUCCAACAACCAGCUGCGAGCUUCCAAAGAUGACUGCCAGAGGGAAAAGGAGGAGAAGGAGAAGCUGAAGAAGCUGCUGAAACAGCACAAACAGGCGUCUGGAGAGAGGCUGCACCCCGAGCCGCUGCAGGGGCCGCUGGGCCCUUCCUGCCCCGUGUACCCGUAUCAGUACAGCCCCCCCGUGGCUCACCCCAUGUACCAUGGCUUCGACGAGUGGCAGCAGAUCCGGUACCCGCUGGCAGUGCCGGGAGAGCACACGGCGGGACAGAACUUCCACCACUUCUCCCCACCCGAGUACCCCUGGCACCCGCCCUGUGCCAUGGCUCGCAGCCAGAACGCCCAAGCAGUGGCUGGGGUGAAACAGAUCCCCAAGGACUUGGAACAGGCAGGUCCCAGACUGCCCUAAUGCCAAGGACCGGCUGCGCUGUGCUACCAGCAGAAGAGGAGUAGGGUGUGUGUGUGUGCCCGUGUGUAUGUAUCUAGGAGCUUCCUCCAGCUGCCUCUCCCUGUGCGUGGACACGCGGUGGACGUGCGGUGCAUCCCCGCCAGGAGAGCGUGAAGGAGGGACCGGCGGUGCCAGCGCGGUGGGGUCAGUGCCCUGCGGCCAUCCCCUUCCCCACGAGGCGUCAGGCCUGGCAGCGCUGUAGCCCUGAGCCAGGUCUUCAGGGAAGAGGAGCCGGCGUUUCCCAGGAGCUGCCCUGGGCCGGGGGCUUUGGUCCGGCCCCUGGAGGAGCGGGUGCCAGCAGGGAUGCUCCCGGCGGUGGGAGAGCCCACGCUCGCAGGCGGGUGCCUGCCACAGCCAUGGCCCCGCUGGAGGGUGGUUGGUGUCUUUGUAUUUAUUUAAGGACUGAAGUGUA